GCGUCGUUGAAUUAUCGAGUAUUUUCCAGGAUAUUAAACAGAAUUGCUUCGUCUAACGUCAUCAGAGCACAAUGUCUUCUAUAAUAACGAAACGUAAAUACGUCAUUCAAGAACUCGACGAUAUGAGUCUUCCCACGGAUUCGCAAAGCAUCGUACAAAUUGUUCAAGCCCGAGGCCAUAAUCUUCACGAAGUCGUCACUCCCUCCGGGGAGCAAUUCAUUGUUUCGAUGCCUACUAAAUUCAGGCAGAAUAUCUGGGUAAAGAGAGGUGACUAUAUUGUUAUCGAGCCAAUCCAGGAAGGUAAAAAAGUUAAGGGCGAAAUUGUCAAGAUACUCACAAAGGAUCACAUAAAAUGGUAUAAAGCACAGACCUGUUGGCCAUCGGAAUUCGAUGAAGAUCCAAAGAGAAACGGACAGUCGAUAGCAAUGAACCAUACUACGUGUAACGAUGAGGAGCUCUUUGUAAAUUUGAAUAGGUAUCAGAAUAAUCAGAAACCAGAUGACAGUGAAAGUGAUUCCAGUGAAUCUGAUUCUGAUUAGUGUCGUUAAAAGCCAACGGACUUUAUAAUCUUUGUAAUAUAUUACAUGUACAUAUAGAUGUACAUAGACAAUUUGUGCCUGUCAAACAAAAAUCUUUAUUUUUUCAACUCAAAAGUGUGUGU